AUGAAUUUCACCUUUUUACUAAUACAUGGUUUGAUAGAGGCUGUUAAAGAGUUGCUGCCAUAUGUAGAGCACAGGCAGUGUGCUAGACAUAUUUGUCAAAAUUUGCAGAAGAGAUUUACUGGUGCCAUAUAUCAUACCUUGUUUUGGAGAGCAUCUAAAUCCACAACUGAGCAUGCUUUUAAAGUUGUGAUGAAAGAAAUUGAGACAUUGAACCCAGAUGCCCAUCAAUAUCUCAUGGAGAAAGAUCCUAAAACAUGGUCUAGAGCUUUCUUUCAAGCUGGAAGGCGUUGUGAUACAGUUGAAAAUGGGUUCUCAGAAAGUUUUAAUGUUGUAAUAGUAGAUGCUAGGAAGAAGCCCAUAAUUACCAUGUUAGAGGAGAUACGAUUAUACAUGAUGGAAAGAAUCUACAACAUGAAAUUAAAGGGACAACAAUGGGGAAAUCAUAUUUGUCCAGAGAUAAGGGAUAAGUUUGAGGUAAGGGGAGCAAUAGAUGCAUAUGAGGUGGACUUAGAAAGAAAAACAUGCUCAUGUAGGUUGUGGCAAUUGAAUGGAUAUGGAUGUGCUCAUUCUGUAGCUAGCAUAUCCUUUCUUAAUAUGGAUGUAGAAGCCUAUGUAGACAACAUGUUUAGCACAACCACAUUUAGAAAGGCAUACAAUUACAUAAUUGCUCCCAUGAAUAGCAGUGACAUGUGGCCAGAGACAAACUAUACUCCACCAUUUCCUCCUAUUAAUAGAAGGAUGCCUGGUAGGCCAACUACUAAGAGGAAGAAAUCCACUACAGAGAAUACAGUAACACACAUGGUUUCUAAGGCUGGAAAGAAAAUCAGAUGUAGUAUUUGCAAGGAGAUAGGUCACAACAAGGCCACUUGUCCAAAGAGAAGGCCUCAAAAGUUAAAUGUAAAGAAACAGAAGAAACAAAAAGGUAGUACAAGUGAACCACAACAACAUGAAGAGGUUGAAAUGACUCCAAUUGAGAUGGAUACUACUCAAAAUGAUAUGCAAGUUGCUCCUACUGAUGUUGAAUCUAGUAGUGCAAUGGAUUUUAGUCAUUAUAUGCAAUUUACUCCACCUAGAUGUUAUGAAGGUGAUGAUGGUGUUAUGGGUGAGGAAGCUGAUGUGGUUGAGGAAGCUGUUGUGGUUGAGCAAGUUGUUCAAGAUGAGGAGGCUGAGGAGGUUGAUCCUGUUAUCCAAGUUGAUAAUGAGGUUGCUCCUGUUAACCAAGUUCAGCAAGUUUGUGUUAGGCCAAUUUCAGAUAUUUUGAAGAGGAUAAGGAGAAGAAAGUCAGAGAGAAUACUGAAGCUGAAAUUAGGCAAAACAAUUGGUGGUGUUAAUGAUCCAGGAAAUUCGAAGGGAAAAGAUCUUGUAAUUGAUUAG